GCAACCCAAACGACAUUAAUUUUGACAUUUAGGGCGGUUCUAACCUAAAAAAUAAAAAAUUUAUUUUCUCGUUUUAACGGAAAUAUGCCGGCGUACCAUUCAAGCUUUUUGAACCCUCAACAAAUAAUCGGAAAUACGGCGAUUUUGCCGAUUAAAACGCAAUUUCGAGGACCGUCGAUCGUCCAAAACGGUAAUGAAAGCGAUAUAAUCGAUGAGGCGCUUUAUUAUUUUCGCGCAAACGUUUUUUUCCGCACCUACGAAGUUAAGUCGGAAGCUGAUCGAUUGUUGAUCUAUAUUACUUUGUACAUAACGGAGUGUUUAAAGAAAUUGCAACGAUGCUCAUCAAAAAGCCAAGCUCAACAAGAAAUGUAUACUUUGGCGAUUAGCCGAUUUGAUAUCCCUGGUGAUUCUGGGUUUCCCUUGAAUACUGUUUAUGCGAAACCACAAACACCACAAGAUGCGGAGUUUAUGCGUACAUAUUUAACCCAAUUGAGGCAAGAAACAGGGUUAAGAGUUUGCGAACGUGUCUUUGGAGAUGAUGGGAAGCCCAGUAAAUGGUGGCUUUGUUUCUCAAAAAAGAAGUUUAUGGAUAAAUCUUUAAGUGGACCAGGACAGUGAGUUUAAAAGUUAAAAAGGAAUAUGAAUUAUGCAUUUUAAUCAAUUUUAUACCUUUUUUUGUGGGUUAAUUUAUUAAGUCCAAUAAUAAAUACUUUAAGAAGACG